GUUGGAUCUCCACUUAUAGAAAAAGUGCCAGAAUGAAUACUGUUUCACAAUGUUGUGUACCAAUCGUGUUGACCGGGACCUCGACAGGAUGGUCAUCAUCGUCUCAUGCAUCGCAGUUUCCGGGCCUGUCACUCCAGAAUAUAUAAGCGCACGGAACACUCAGCAACCCCGGCAAAACGUACUAAUACCCGCUACUUACAUGCAGACAGGUGUUUUGGACUUUGAAGGCGCUAAUCUCGGUACCAUCUUUUCGCUCACACCGCUGCUACAAUGCGAUCAACUGGGGAUGUACGCAUGGCAAUGCACAAUAUCUUGGACGGCCCUCAUAGAGCUGCAUUGAUGAUGCCAUUAUUGAAAUUGAAAAAGAAACAGUA